ACAAAAAGGCCAUUACAAAGAUAACUACCAAUAUGGAAAACGUGGCUGCUACUUUAACCGAAGAGCUUGUUCAUGGAUCGAACAAGAAUACGAUGGAGACACCAAUGGCUUCUAAGCCACAAGUAAUAGUCGAGCCAAUAGAUUCUCUAUCAGAUCAGAAGGUUGAUGUAAAAAUAUUGGAUCUUCCUGCCGGUGCUGAAGUGACCUUGCGAGCCAAACUGACCAGCGACCAAGGAAAUGUUUUUGUGUCAUUUGCUCGUUAUGAAGCUAGCAAAGAUGGUACUGUAUCGGUCAUGGAUGAUGUAUCAAACGGUGGUACUUAUACAGGAGUAGAACCUAUGGGACUGCUUUGGUCCAUGAAGCCAGCCCAAGGACAACGUGAAGGACUUCGGUUGAGCAAGCGUGAUGUUUCUAAGCCAUACGUUAUUCAUCUUGACGUGUUCAAGGGUAGUGAGUGCUCAGAUGAAGCCAUCCUUGCUAGCGUGACAUUUCGACGUCAUUUUAUGGGCAAAGGCGUGCGUAGGAUCCCUGUGCGGGUCGGCAGAGUUAGGGGUACCCUAUUCCUUCCGCCAGGAAAUCAGACAUUUCCAGGUGUGAUAGACUUGUUUGGCACGGCUGGCGGUUUACUGGAGUUCAAAGCAUCCCUACUAGCAUCCCAUGGAUUCGCUGCUUUAGCUCUAGCGUACUUUGGCUUCGAUGACCUACCUAAGGCAGUGACAGACAUCAGCCUGGAAUACUUCGAAGAAGCUCUUGAAUGGUUUACCCGACAUGAAAAGGUUCAGCCAGGUGGUGUUGGAGUCAUGGGCGUGUCUAAGGGAUCAGAGCUAGUCCUAACACUGGCAUCACACAGACCAGAGCUGGUUCGUGCUGUUAUUGCCAUAUCCCCUGCCCAUGCUAUUGUUGCCAUCCCUUUAAUGAUACGUGGAAAACCAUCCGCGUUUGUAAAAUUUGAGCCCGAGUUUUCAAGGCUAUCCCCAGAUGGCGGUAUUGAAUGGGUUGAUACGUACCCUGACAAUAUAUCUUGCGGUGACGUUUGGCAUCCUGCUGUUAUUCCAGUAGAAAGAAUCGAGUGUCCAAUAAUGUUGGUCAGUGGAGAGGAUGAUAAAAGUUGGCACUCGACUCAGAUGGGAGAUAUGAUCAUGCGCAGAUUACGCAAAUACAACAAACAGCAUCUAGGUGUACAUUACCGUUACCAUGGUACCGGGCACUUGAUAGAGCCUCCUUAUACACCUCACUGUAAGAACUCUUAUCAUAAAGCGUACCGGAUGUUGGUCCACUGGGGGGGAGAUGCGAAAUCUCAUUGUUAUGCUCAAGAAAAGUCAUGGGAAAAUAUUCUAGAGUUUUUCCAUAUGAACAUUAGUAAAGGACCAAUGAAAAGUAAUCUCUGAAAAACCAUGUCAUUAUAUAGGUUGUAGUGAUGUUAAAUAUCAAGACAAAAAUGUUAUGAAAAUAUUUCCAUAAUUAAAAUAAAGCUGCUGUUACUAA